AUGGAUACCAGUACAGCCGUUGAAGCUUCCUCUCCAACCUUUUCAUCCUCCUCAUCCUGCUCCUUAGACGAUGAGACGUACGAUGUGUUCUUGAGCUUUAGAAGUGAAGACACACGCAAGACCUUCACGGACCACCUCUACUGGAGGUUAAAACAUGCCAGAGUUGACGUCUUUAUUGACGAGAACGAACUAAGAGGAGGAGAAAUUAUACCAGACGAACUCAAUCAAAUAAUCCAGCGAUCCAGGAUCUCUGUCAUCAUCUUCUCAAGGAGGUAUGCGGAUUCCUUAUGGUGUCUUGAGGAGCUGGAGAAGAUCAUGGAGUGUAGAAGAACACUGGGGCAAAUCGUUUUGCCAAUUUUCUACGAUGUUGAUCCUAGUGAUGUCAGGGAACAAACUGGUAGUUUUGCAGAAGCAUUUCAGACACAUGAACAGCGCUUCCAGGGAGUUAAAGAUAAGGAAGAAAAGAUACAUUCGUGGAGAGAGUCUCUAACUGAAGCUGCAGGUCUGGACGGCCCGGUUCUUAGCAAGAUUGAUGGGUAUGAAGGGGUGUUUAUCAGGAAAAUUAUUGACGAGAUCAAUAGAAAAUUGAAGAGCACAUGCUUAGGCAUAGCCACCAAACAAGUUGGAAUAGAAUCUAGCAAGCAAGAAAUCAGUAACUAUGUACAAGUUCAAGUUGGAAUAGAUUCUCGCUUGCAAGAUAUUAGCACUCAUUUCGAUGCUGGAGGAUCAAAUAAUGUUUGCAUAAUUGGAAUUUGGGGUAUGGGUGGAAUGGGUAAAACAAUGGUUGCAGAAGCUAUUUUCAACAAAUUUCAUCCUAGUUUUGAUGCUAAAAGUUUCAUUCAAAACAUGAGGGAAAGGAAACUGGUUGAUCUUCAAGAACAACUUCUCUUUGAUAUCUUCAAACCGACCAAGGUAGAAGGAAGUAGUAUGGAUGACAGGAUGUACGAGAUAAAGAAAAGACUUCCAACAAGAAAGAUACUUGUUAUACUUGAUGAUAUUUGUCAUGCAGACCAACUAAAGGCAUUAGCUAUUGAACGUGACUCGUUUGGUCCAGGAAGUAGAAUUGUUAUAACAACAAGAAACAAACAUUUGCUAGAGAUGCUUGAAGUGGAUAAGAUAUGUUGCCUUAAAACAAUGAAUGAAGUAGAAGCUCUUGAGCUACUUAGUUUGCAUGCCUUUAAAAGUCGUUCUCCAAGUCAAGGAUAUCUUGAACUCUCAAGAGAAGUUGUUGGUUACUGUGGUGGUUUGCCACUAGCACUGAAAGUUUUAGGCUGUUCUCUAUACAAUAGAAGCACAACAGAAUGGAGAAAUGCAUUGGAUAAAUGGAAAAGACUUCCUCCUAAGGAAAUUCACGAAAAGCUUAAAUUAAGCUAUGAUGAGCUACCCGAUAAUUACCUGAAAGACGCAUUCCUUGAUAUAUCAUGUUUCUUCAUUGGAAUGGACAUGAACUAUGUCAUGCAAAUAUUGGACCGUCAUUGCUUUUCUCCAGUAAAAGGACUGAGAGUCCUCCUUGAACAGAGCCUCUUAACAGUUGGUGAAGAUAACAAGUUGGUGAUGCAUGAUUUGGUUCGAGACAUGGGCAGAGAAAUUGUACGUGCACAAUCCCCUAACAUCCCUGGAAACCGUAGUAGAUUGUGGCAUCAUGAAGACGUCAAAGACGUAUUGAGGAACAAAUCUGGAACAAACGAAAUUGAAGGUCUCACUUUAGAUUUGAAAGAUUCUAACGAGCCGAGAUUCAGUACCAAAGCAUUUAGAACGAUGCGGAGACUGAGAUUGCUAAAACUCAAUUACGUACAGCUGACUGGAAGUUACAAGCAUUUUUCGAAUGAGUUACGAUGGUUUUGUUGGCAUGGAUUUCCUCUGAAGGUCAUGCCAAAAGAUUUUUAUCAAGAAAAUCUAGUUGCUAUUGACCUGAGCUAUAGCAAGCUCAUACGAUUUUGGGAGGAUUCCCACGUGUUUCUUGAGAAGUUGAAAUCUCUUGAUCUCAGCCAUUCCGAGUGCCUGAAAAAAUUACCCGACUUUUCAAUACUCCCAGAUCUCGAGGAAUUGAUACUCAGAGGCUGUAAGAGUUUGUCUUGGGAGCACUGUUCCACGAUGAGACGGUUGGACAAGCUUAAAUUGUUAGAUCUUGGGUACUGCAAUUUAACUGACAAAGUAGUUCUUGAAUAUCUUCGGCGUCUACGUUCUUUAAAAAUUUUACGUCUGGAUGGAAAUGGUUUCAAUUGGCUACAUUUCCUCAGAGAUCUUUCCGAACUUGAAGAGUUAACUUUAAAUGAUUGCAAAAACCUUAGACGAAUCACUGAAUUACCAAAGAAUUUGAAAUUCCUGAAAGCGAAUUACUGCACUGCACUAGAAAGCAUUGAAUUUUCUGGAGACAUUCCGAAUAUGAGAGAAUUGGAUCUGAAGGACUGCCGCAACCUCGACUAUAUUCCAGAAUUGGAAGUCUCGUCACGCUUCACGGAAACGAUUCAUAUGGAAGGGUGCACCAAUCUCAAUGCUCAGUUGAAGAAGAACAUGCUAGAGGGAUGGGCCGCGAGCGGAGGGGGUGGCCUUUUCUUCUCUGGAAAUGAUAUUCCUUAUUGGUUCACAACUGUGGUCAAUGAGGAUGAAAUUGUCUAUAUCGAUGUGCCGAAUUGUGGCAUAGGUGCCUUGACUGUGUGCAUCAUUUAUUCCUCAGACGACUCGGAGUCUAGUGGGAGACUUUCUUUGACAGUUGCGAAUCGUACCCAGCGCACUGCAUUUUCCAUAUUUCCAAUGACCGUCUCUGGAGUGACUCCCCAUGAAGAUUAUCUCUGGCUUGGACGUAUACCAAACAAUGUUCUCAAUCUAAAAGGCGGGGACAAGGUUCAUGCUCGCGCAGAAUUCUUAAGAGAAGUGGGCAAGAAGCAUUUAAAGUUGAAGAAAACAGGACUCUGUCUAGAGAGAGAGUUUAUGCGUGAAGACUAUAAGAUAGAUUGGGAGUCUAAACCAUAUACAUAUCCUGCUACUGAUGAUGACGCGUGGCCAAGCAAACACUGGCAUAACCUCAUACGGAAAACGAGACGGUUGUACCCCCGGGAAUCGUAGAUUUCUCGCAAGGCCCCUUUUUGACACGUUUUGAUUCGUGGUUGGGAGGAUGGAAGAGGUGGUUCGGUAAAUAAUUCUGUGGUCCUCUCUUUUCUACAAAUAUGUCUGUUUCAUCAUCUAAUUUGUAAUUAAUAUAAAAAAAUUCAUAUU